AUGAUGGAUUUAAAUACUCCCCAAAUUCAGACUAAAGAACACGUGCACCGGUAUUUUAGCGACAGAAACAUCUCUAGAGGAGUUGUGAUUUUUGUUUCUGAGGUGUGCAACCCAUGCAAGGCAUACAAGGAGCUUCUAAGCCGGUAUUUUAAUUCUGUUUCUGUAGAUGUUAAAAACAGAUUCCUUCUUAUAAACGUAAGCCAUCUGCCAAGAGAGAUGCUGCAAAAUGAUAACUACAUUGUGCGCCAAUUUGGCGUCCAGACAGUUCCCAGCACAUUUGUUGUGGAAGUGCAGGACAAAAAUAAUCUAGGAAUGAGUUUUUACAGAACUCCAAGCAGCAUUAACGAGCUAAACAGCCUCAUAGCUUAG